AUGGGUGCAUUAGGCUUAGGUUCUGCUUUAGCAAAUUGCAUUAAUCUCUAAAAUUUGACACUUGAUCUUCGUUACAAUUAAAUUGGUGAAAUGGGUGCAUCAGGCUUAGGUUCUGCUUUAGCAAAUUGCAUUAAUCUCUCAAAUUUGACACUUUACCUUUGUGACAAUUAAAUUGGUGAUGAAGGUGCAUCAGGCUUAGGUUCUGCUUUAGCAAAUUGCAUUAAUCUCUCAAAUUUGACACUUAACCUUCAUUACAAUUAAAUUGGUGCAAUGGGUGCAUCAGGCUUAGGUUCUGCUUUAGCAAAUUGCAUUAAUCUCUCAAAUUUGACACUUUACCUUCGUUAUAAACCAUUGAAUGAAUCAUAAAUAUUCAAAGUAAUAAGCAAGUGUCGUAAAUCAAAAAGAUUAGUUGUCUUUAAUAUUGGUUUCUAAUGA